CUAGCAGAGAAAGUUAUCUUCGCUUCGAGUUUUGGGUAAGAGCAAGGUCAGUUUGGCUGAGAGACGUGGUGCUGUUUCCGAUGUACCGAACGUAGCUAAGGAGGAAUUCAUCGUUUUGAUUGCUUGUGGAAUUUUCAUUGUGUUUAAAAUAGAUUGUACUCCAAAUACACGCAGUAUCGGAAUAAGAAGGAAUUAGGAAAUAGAAACGGGCAACCAUCUGAAUCAUGAAUAUAUUCUUUGUUCUCCUCUUAUGCUUAGAAAUCAUUCACUACGUUUCAGCCAAAUGCAGUCGAGGAGGGAUGGAAUCCUUCAUAUUGUCCACCAACGCUCUUCCCUCUCCUUCGUCUUAUAAAAAUAUUCCUGGAUCGUCUCUGGUGGAGUGCACUCGGACAUGUUUGGAAGACGCCAACUGUCACUCUUUCAUCUUUCUAAGAAACCGUAACGAGACAGAAUGCCGUCUCACUACGAAUAUCUUGGCCGACUCCAAAAAGAGACAAGAACCGUUAUUGAUGCCGACGUUGGGGACUUAUUAUAUGGAGAAGUUAUGCUUGAAAGGUGCAUGUGACAGACUCUUCGUUGCAGAAUCCUUAAGAGGAAUGGAGCUGGAUGGUUAUAAUGAUCGUAUUAUUUCUAACAGUUCUCGUCUUUCUUGCCUGGAAUCCUGUCUAAACAACAAAGCUUUUGUCUGCAAAUCCGUUGAAUUUGAUUCCAAAACUGGAGAAUGUAGACUCAGUCGACACGACCGUUUCGACAGAAAGUCAGAUUUCAGAAAAUCCUUAUCAGCUUCCAUGGAGUAUUUCGAUGUCACCUGCCCUUAUGAACAACCUUCCGAAGGAUCAGCUGCAGAGAUCGUUCCCUUAGGCAACGUGGAACAUCCUUACAGUUUAGUUGAAUACGAGGGGGUUACUGCCGAAGAAUGUGGGGAACUUUGUGUCCGGAACGUCCUGUUUCCCUGUCGAUCCUUUCUGUCCGGCCGUCUGGAAAAUCAGCUGUAUUGCGGAUUAACCCACAUAAAUCGGGAAGGACUGGUACAGAAUCCUGGUAGCCUGCAUCUUUCCAGGAGCCUCAAUUACUAUGAGAUUACAAGAAGCAUAGAAGGAUGUGAUCCCAGUGAUAUUCAUUUCGAAUUAGUGGCAGGAACCAGCCUGGGCACUGACCCCUACUUAAUGUCAUCCGAUUUGAACCCACAUGAAUGUUUGGAACAAUGCAAGAAGGACCGGCGUUGUCGAUCGGUCAGCAUUGACUACAAAAAAGGAUCGUGUCAGUAUCACUCGGAGGGCAUUAGUGCUAUUGCUGACACUAAACUUCAACCUAAUGGAAAUUUCAAUUAUUUCGAGAAAAUAUGUUUCCCAGGUACACAGUGCAAACGAGACUGGUCUUUCGAACGUAUUCGCAACAAGGAGUUAGUUGGAAUUGAACACGAGAAAGUUCUCGUAGAAGCAAACACCAAAGAAGAGUGCCAAGAUGCCUGUCUCAAUUACAAAUCGUUCAAGUGUCUUUCUGCCGAAUUCAAUUAUCAAUUAAGUGAAUGUCGCCUCAGUCCUUACAACAGAUUCUCCUCCACGGAGAAGAGCGUGGCGGUCAGUAAUUCCAGAUUUGUGGUGGAUUAUUUCGAAAAUAACUGCUUUGAAGAACCAAGAGGAUUCUGCAAUACAAAGCUCAUCAAGAAAUUUAAGCUUUUAUUGACAGAAAAAAUAACGACAGGAGAAUCAAUCGAAGAUUGCCGUCAACAGUGCUAUGACGCAGAAGAAUUCAUUUGCAGAUCUGUGACUUAUGACCGUAGAUUCAAGACUUGUGGAUUGUCCCAUCACACACGCAAAUCAGCGCCUUCAGAGUCCAUCGCGAGAUCCGAUGUCCAUGAGUUUUUGGAAAUUUCUACGUGCUUCCAAGUGUCAGUUGAUUGUCGGCAAGAUAUAAUGAUGGCUUACGUGAGAUCAAAUGCUUUGUUUAAAGGAAAAGUGUAUGCAAAGGGAAAACCCAUGACUUGUUCAACAGAUAUCAGUAACAGCGUAGAAUUCUCUUUACCGAUAUCUUUAAACGGCCCUGACUGUGGAACAGUUUCAGAGGAAGAAGGUAAAUUUGCCAAUGUUCUUGUCAUCCAAAGCAAUGACCAUGUAGUCACAGCAAUGGACAAAGCUAUUGGUAUACAUUGCUCCUACGAUGUAGGAAACAAAACUGAAGAAAUUGAUCUGAAUAUCACGAAUCCAGGUUCCAGUGACAAAACUCGAGGAAAACCUUCACUUCCAGAUCUUUCGUUACAUAUCGUGGAUAUGAAGGGAGAAGAACGAGAAACGGUAGCCCUUGGAGAACUUUUGAGAGUCCAAGUUAGAAUGUCAGAUGAAGACACUUACGGUAUUUUUGUACGAAAUCUUGUUGCCAAAGAUGGUUCUGGUGGAAAUAAUUUGACUCUAAUCGAUAAUACAGGAUGCCCAGUGGAGGUGAAAAUGAUGCGAGAAGUGCGUACCAUCGAACCUCAAAGCAAAUCACUCGAGGGUUAUUUAGAGGCCUUUACAUUCACUGGUAGCAGCAUGUUGGAAUUAGAAGCAGAAGUGGAGACUUGUCUAGAGCAUUGCAAACCAGUGGUGUGCCAAAUCCCAACAGGCCGUAGAGAGGAUGAUACAGAAACAGUUUUCUCAUUCGGGCGUAAGAAAAGAGAGUCCGGUACCGAGGAAGUGUUGUCAUCUGUUACUCUUUCUAGAAGCAUUGCCAUUCAAGCCGACGACUUCGCGAGUGUUAAAUCGCUCGUGCCAGAAAACUAUGCUUCCCCUGUCACUGCACCAUCACUUUUAGAUCUGAAAGGAGGCAGUGGACUGUUUCAUACUUUUAGUUCAACCACAACCAAUUCGGAUGCCACCUUCUGCUUCGAUCCGACUAUGUUUGCAUUGAUAGCAGGCGGGUUUUUCUUAGUGGAAGUGUGCGGAUUUUCUGCCUGCCUCAUCGCUGCUUGCCGCUUCAGGAAGAAUUCUAAGAAAAUGGCGAACAAGAAGCGCCAUCUAUCGAUUCACUAUGAAAACAGCACUGAAGGAUCCUAAAUCUGGAAAAUCUGCUUUUCCAACCGAAUUUCAGUAUUAUGAUUCUGAUCUCUAAAUUUUAUGCAUUGCAUUUCGAAAUUUAUCAAAAAAAAAAAAAAAAAAUUAAAGGAUUUUUUUUCCGGAACCGAAUUUUAGAGGCAAAAAGAAAUAGGGAUAUUUUUUUUAUAUUUAAAUGAAUUUAUUAGUGUAUAUAUAUAAUAUAUCACGGCCUUUAAAUUUGAUGUAAUAGAAAAUGUUGUAUUGCUUUCAAUUUUUUUUCUUUUAUAUUAAAAUUUGGAUAAUCACAAGUAAGAGGUCAAUUAAA